AUGAAUCAGAUGAUUAAUCAAGAUUUCCUCAAGUGUGAAGACUUUAUCAUCGCGGAUGUACGUGUAGAUCGUGAACGACAUAUUGUGUUCUCUACGAAGGAACAACUUGAUGUACUGAGUCAUGCGAAACGCUGGUUUAUAGAUGGGACCUUUAAGAUUGUCGGUCAGCCCUUUCAGCGUGGACAACUUAUGUCGAUACAUGCCUUUGUGCAAGAAGAUGAUGAGUGCCAGCAAUUCCCCUUAAUCUUCUGUUUGAUGUCGAGACGCACCACCGCUGAUUAUGUUGCCGUGUUGAAGGCUAUCCGUGACAAAUUGGAAAGUUUGUCAGUUGAGGGUUUCAUGUUGGAUACAUUGAGCUCGGUAUCGGCAUGGAAUGCAGUCCGAGAAGUUUUUGGUCCAGGCGUAGAUAUUAAGGGAUGUGUGUUCCACUGGUUUCAGGCGGUUUGGCGACAGGUCCAAGCCAAUGGGCUAUCCACCACCUACAACGCUCCUUUAAAUGAAAUAUUUAUAUGGUAUGUUUUAGUUAUUGAGUUUCUACUUUUUCAGACUCACAAGUAUUUGCGACAGCUGAUGGCACUUCCGUUUCUUCCAGUGAAUCACAUAGUGCCAACAUUCAGGGAGCUGCAGGGACGAGCCACAAACCCUCAGAUUGUAGCGUUCUGCAGUUACCUGGAACGACAGUGGAUUGGGAAUCCCUCAUUCCCAGUCAGUUCUUGGUGUGUAUUCCGCCAGCCGGUACGGACCAAUAAUGAUGUAGAAGGCUGGCAUCAUCGCAUCAACAGGAAAGCUGGUGGAUGCUCUAUGUCUUUCUACAGACUCGUUCCUCUACUACGUAGGGAAGCGGACUCCGUUGGCCAGUCCCUACGUACAGGUGAUCUGAACAGGGCCAGAUCUUCACGAACAACCAGGAUGGAACGAACACUUCAAGACCUCUGGGAAAGAUACCAAUCAUCAGCACUUACAACAACAGCUUUUUUGAAAGCGUGUUCAUCACUGUACGGACCGUCGACGUCGUCUUAGAGUGUUGGUAUGAAAUGACGAGGUGAACUUUCUGGUGCUGAUGGUGGUGCCGUCGAUGACGGUUGUAUUGUUAUGUAAACAAUAUAUGUUUUGUUAUGUAAACAAUAUAUGUUUUGUCAUGUAAAUAAAAUAUGUUUUGUCAUGUAAAAAAAUAUAUGUCUUGUGUUUUCUUGUCUUGUUUAUAUCCUAUAUAUUUGUCUAAAAUAUAUAUUUUGUGUUGUUUUUUUUGUCAUGUUUAAAUCAUGUUUGUCUAAAAUAUUUGAUUUCUGUUUUUCGCUUGUUGUGUUUUGUUUUGUUUUAUUAAAAUAUGUCUGUACAGUUAGUCAUUAAAUGUUUAAUAUCAUAGUAGAAGUAUUGUACAUAUCUUUUCAUAUAGCGGUUACUAUUUUGUAUUUUUUGUAAAUAAAAUAUGUUGUUGAUUAAUAAAUGUAUUGUCUCAUUCUGCCUCUUCACUUGUUUGUAUCAUAAUUUUGUAACAAUAAAUGUUAUAUAAAACACUGUUUGCUCUUUGUUAUAUUUAUAAACUCUCUCUGUUGGUCUCUUUAUGAACUACGUAAAAAACCGAGGUAAAUCGAGUGAAAAACUUGAGUUGUUCCCCUUAGUUUACGCUCGCAAAAGAAUGCAAAUUUAGCCGUGUUUAAAUCGCUAAUUUGUGGCGAUUAAAUGUCCGAUUUUUAAAUUUAUUACAUCAAAUAAAAUCUGGUGAUUUAAGUUUUCUCUCAGUAUAUAUUUCAACACAUUGUUUGACACUGAAGGUACUUAAAUUUAAGGUUAAACCUACCACGAGUCAGAAAUACAGUGAGAUACGCAAUCGGUUAUCUUUUGUCUUUACUCGCAAUUCUACUGAUAAGAAAAGCCUGUCUGCUGCUAGUUCGGGAACUGACAGUCCAUGUAUUAUAAAUAAUUACAAAUAUUACAAAAAAUAGUGAUUACACAAACCUAAAUAUAAAUAAUUGAAAAGUGGGCCGAGUUGACCCGUGCCGAGUUGGUAUAGGGCCGAGCUGACUCGGGGGCCGAGUACGUUUUAGGGCCGAGCUGACCCGGA